AUGUCUGUGAACACGAGUGCAAUAGCCGCAGACAGCUCGUGCCUUCAUGCCUCCUCCUUUACAGAAAGUUCUUACGCUCUUCUCGGUGGGGAUGACACUAUGCGGAGUCGUACUUUACCACCGCCACCGCUAAUGCCGCUGCCGUUUUCGUCGACACAUACAAAUAACGGCGGAACAAUGGCAGAGGAGAAGGGAGACUCAUACAUGGGUAGUCGUCCACCUACACAGCCCUUUUCCGGGGUCGAUAGAUCAUGCGGGUCGUACCAUCACGAUUCCUCCUUUGCGGUUCACCACCAGGCACAGUCACGCACGAUGCCAAAUUCGGUGGAGCUUACUGGAUACCAUGCGAAUGCUGGAGCGACAGACACCACACCGGUGCGACAUGCGGAACUGCGGGAGUUGCUCAUAACCACAGAGCGGGAGUUGGCGGAGAUGCGUGAGGAGUGUGCGCGACGAAGCGCGGAAGUGGAUGCUCUUCGUGUGGCGCUGGGACGGGAACAAGAGGUAAACCACAACGCCCAGGCGCGGCACGAAGAGUCCAUGCGGGAGCUGAGGGAAGAGCAUGCUGACCAGACGCAGCGACUGAUGGAUCAGAUCACUCUUCUGAAGCGGCUGUCAGAGGGUUUGAUGGAGGAGAAGUCGAGGCUUGCAGAGGAUGCAUCGCAGAGGAAGCAGCAGCUUCUCGCCUUGCUGGAUCGUGAGAGGGAAGAAAAGAGUCAGAUCAUGGCAGACUACCGACAGCAAACUGAAGCCCUCAUCGCUGACCAGGGUAAGGAAAUCACCUCACUUCGAAAUACACAGCAAUCGUUGCGUGAGGAACAAGAGAGAAUACUCAGCGAGCGGCAAGAGCUCGAAGAAACGAAACGGACGCUGGAAGAGAAAAUUUUGCAGCUGGGAGAGAAGAUAACAAAUGAGCAAAUGGAAUGUGAAAAGAAGAUACAGGAGACGAACCAGCGUCACGCGCGUAAGAUGGAUGAAUUGGUAGCGAAGAACGAAGAGCUUUCGAGACGUCUGGAGGAUGAGUCCAGCAAACUGCAGGAACGGCGUCAGGAGCUGGAAGACCAUGUCCGCAGCCUUGCAGAGCGGCUGCGAUGUCAGGAGGAGACACACACGUUAGAGCAGCAGAACCUGAAGGAGACAUACAAACGAGAGGUCUCAGAGCUUCGCGAGGAGCUGCAGGCAAUGAUGAAUCAGCGUGAACAGCUGGAAGAAGAACACGAGAAAGACCGACAGAAACUCUUAAAAAAUGAAGAGAAACUCAUCCAGUCACUACGUCAGGCUGUCGAGGAGGUACGACAGGAGAAAGAGGCUUUGGCAGAGGAAGCAGCCCGGCAACAGGAAGAGAUGCAAGAGAAGCACUGGGCAAAAGUGAACCAGCUGCAGAACACUGCUGAGAGCCUACGACGACAACUCGCAGAGGAGACGGCAGUGCGAAAGGAAGCCGAGUCGGAGCGGGAACUCGUUGCGGUUCGAGCGGAUGGUCUGCAAAGUACUGUGAGCCGCUUGACCAAUGAGCUGGAGACGCUGCAGGUGGAGCACCGCGCCCGAGAACGGGCAGCGGGUCAGGAGCGACAGAACAGUUUGGAGCAGCUGCGUUCGCAGCUUCGCGAGCGUGCCGCGGAGGUUGAGGCGUUGCAGCAGGAGGUUGCACGGCAUGAAAUGGAGGAGAAUAGGCUCCGUGACGAACUGGCCGCAAAGGUGCAGUCGCUGCAGAGCACACGGGCGGAAGGCAAGCGGCUACUGGAAGAAAUGCAGCAGACCGCUGAGGACCGAGAGCGGGAGAUGCUGGAGCGGGAGGGAAGGCUAGAGAAGGCAAUCAUGCUUAGUCGGGCCCAGAAAACGCAGGUGGAGGCCGAAUGUCAGCGUUUACAGCGCGCCAUCACGGAGUUAGAGGGGCGUCAACAAACUUGCGAGAAGCAGUUAGAGGACGAGCGACGCGCCCUUGAGGAGGCGACGGCGACGGUGCAACAGUUACGUGACGAAGCAGAGGAACAAAAGUCGGUAUUCCGUCGGGCACAGACCCGCCAGCAUGAACUUGAAGAAGAACUGCGGCGGAAGAGUAACGAUCUUGCAAAGGCAGCAUCGCGUGUGGAGGAACUUGAGGCGUCGCUUGAGGCGGCCAAUAGUGAGGCGGCGCAGCAGUCGAAGGAGGCACUGCGGGCUGCGAAGGUCCAUGAGGUGGAGCUGCAAUCGUUAAUUCAGCGACAACAGGCGGAGGUAACGGCAAUGCGACUCGCUGCGGAUCAGAUACGUGGCGAUUUUGCAAAAGCACGCGAGGUGGCUGCGGCGAAGGAAGAGGAGUUACACCGCCUGCGAGAGGAGGUUAACCAACUCCACCGCGAUGCGGAGACGCGGGCGGGAUCAUGGCAAGGUGAGCUGGCGGAAUCGAGGGAGUUGCACGAGGAGGACAUGCGACGCAUGGACGAGGUCCUGUACACGAUGCGUGCCGACCUCAGUCGUGCGCAGGCGGCAAAGGCGCAGUGCCAGAAGGACAUGGCGCAAUUUCAGCGCGAGGCGGAGCGGCAGCGCCUACAGCUUGAGGACAUGUUGUCGCAGAUGGAGGCGGCGAAGGAGAAGCUGCAGGAGGACGCACGAUACCGCGAGCAGCUCAAUAUCGAGCUGCAGGGCACGGUUAAGCUUCUCACUUCACGACUUACGGCACAAGAGGAUGACAUCCGUCGGAUGCAGGAGGAACUGGCUGAUGUGAACACCAAACUACAUAACGCGCACACGUUUCUUGGACGUAAGGAUGCUGCUAUCGGGCAAUUGACCGCACGACUCCGUGCAUACGAGGCGAGAAUAGGGGUAUCUUUUAAGUGA